AUGUUUGAGAUAUCCCCCUUGCCCGGCGGACCGUUAGGACCGGGUUUUGUGACCCUGAAGAUUGAGGCAUUGAUCAGAGCCGAAGACAGCUAUAAUUCACAGAUUAUGGCGGUGCAAAUCCUAGAUGCCAGCCCUGAUCUUGAUGGUAGUUUCUUCUCUGCUAGUCGAACGGUUGUAGUCAAGAUCUAUGCCCGCUCUACGUUGACAAUGGAGAAAUCUGCGUCUCGGGGAGAUGAGUUGCCGGUUUCUCGUUACUAUGGGUUAUAUCCGUUGAUAUCACAGGCAACUGGGACUCUUGCCAUUCGACUGAUCCUGCUUGAAUAUAUAGGCGGAAUGAACAUUUCAGAUGCGAACCAGGACAUCUUCCUUCGCCUCCUAUAA